GUAAACAGGCCAAUGGCUGUAUCGCGUCCGACAAGCGUUGUGCGUGGACACAGGUGAAAAAACAAUACAAGAAAAUACGCUAAUUUUGCAGCACUUGGUGGAAUUGUUGCUCAUGGCCUUGUCAAUGGGGCGGGCUUUGAUACUCCAGAGGUGUAUAGGUCCCUCCCUUCUCUCGGUUGCAGCUGGCCGGGGUUCUGCUGCGUGGAAGAAAGGGGGUCGCUUCACUCAAAACGAGAAGCACGUGCGUCAGUUUAGGAAUCCCAGCAACAGAGACAGCAUGGCAGAAGAAGCAAAGAAACUAGCCGGCUGUGCCGCAGUGGAUAACCAUGUUCAGAACAACCACGUGGUUGGAGUCGGCAGUGGAUCCACCAUUGUGUAUGCUGUGGAUCGACUAGCGGAGAGGGUGCGUCAAGAGAAACUCAACAUUGUCUGUGUCCCCACCUCCUUCCAGGCUCGUCAGCUGAUCCUGAAGCAUGGUCUGAUCCUGUCUGAUCUGGACAGGCACCCUGAGUUGGAUGUGGCCAUUGACGGGGCGGACGAAGUGGAUGCAGCUCUCACACUCAUAAAAGGCGGCGGGGGCUGCCUGACACAGGAGAAGAUCGUAGCAGGCUGUGCCAAGCAUUUCAUCGUCAUCGCUGACUUCCGGAAGGACUCAAUGGCCCUAGGCCAACAGUGGAAGGGGGGGGUUCCCAUCGAGGUGAUCCCCAUGUCCUACGUCCCUGUCUCCAGGACGAUAGCCAAGCGCUUCGGGGGGAAGGCGGUACUCCGUAUGGCCGUGAAUAAAGCAGGUCCCGUGGUCACAGACAACAGUAACUUUAUUCUGGACUGGAAGUUUGAACACGCUCAGAACUGGAAGGUGGUCAAUACGGCCAUCAAGAUGAUACCAGGAGUGGUGGAGACGGGGUUGUUUGUGGGCAUGGCAGAAAGGGUCUACUUUGGAAUGGAGGAUGGCACUGUUAGUUUCAGGGACCCCCCAAUCAACUGACCACAUGCAUGCAGACCCUCCCCCUGGAAGCAGCCUCCGCCCUCCCCGUGGAAGCAGCCUCCACCCUGGAACCAUCACCAACCACAAGUGCCCUAUUUGGUGCUCUGAUGGCAUCUUGUUCUCUACUUUGUCCACUACUCUGGGCCCGAUCCAGUUUCACCCUGUUCUCUACUUUGUCCACUACUCUGGGCCCGAUCCAGUUUCACCCUGUUCUCUACUUUGUCCACUACUCUGGGCCCGAUCCAGUUUCACCCUGUUCUCUACUUUGUCCACUACUCUGGGCCCGAUCCAGUUUCACCCUGUUCUCUACUUUGUCCACUACUCUGGGCCCGAUCCAGUUUCACCCUGUUCUCUACUUUGUCCACUACUCUGGGCCCGAUCCAGUUUCACCCUGUUCUCUACUUUGUCCACUACUCUGGGCCCGAUCCAGUUUCACCCUGUUCUCUACUUUGUCCACUACUCUGGGCCCGAUCCAGUUUCACCCUGUUCUCUACUUUGUCCACUACUCUGGGCCUGAUCCAAUUUCACCCUGUUCUCUACUUUGUCCACUACUAGGUUUCAUAUGCAUUCUGUAUGUAGGGGAUAGGAAGCAAUUUAUGACAUGUAUUCUGUCCUCCGUGCAGCCGUUGUGAAAUCGGUGGUGUGGUUCCUCAGCUGUCAGAUCUGAGGUGCUUUCAACAGGAGAAAUACUUUCCUAAUAUCAGCUAACACUGUGUUUGUUCUGUGAUUGCCACUACAGUUGGCUAAUGUUUAUCAGUGUUUCCCCAUAACCUCUGAUUGAGUUGAGCCAGCGGGUCAACAGAACGAGAGGGCUCUGUCCUGGAGGGGACGGACUUCCACCCUUAUGGCAGCUGUCCCCGUCAGACCCGAGCCGUGUGGGGCUGAAAAUUCUGGACCCUGGUCAGAAGUGCACUAUCUGGAGAAUGGGUGGAGUGUUAUCUGUGGUACGCAGGUCAGACGGCACAGAACACCGGCUGACAUUCAAAAGUGGCCUUUUUACUUUGUCAUAAAUGUUGAUCAUGUGAAUGUAUGUAGUCUGUGCAUUACGCAUGUUAUCUGUGCUGCUCUCUGUCUUGCCUGUCUUCACUAGCCUGGUCCAAAGUCUGUCUGUGUUUUGAUGAGCCAGGAGUUGGCAUAAUGGCACAAAGUGCCUGGCUGCCAGGCUUUGUCUCUGUCUUUUUGUUUUCUUAAUAUACUCACCCUAGCCUUGUGCCACUGUUACCAAAUGCUAAAGUUCUGACGUGGUCAGGGAGUUACUCAGUGCAUGGUUGAUUCAACUAUUGAAAUAUCUUUUGAGGAAGUACUACUGUUGUUACGGCUGGGAUCUGCUUCUGAGUCCAAUGACCACCUGUCUUCAAGUCAUAAUGGCUUCAAUUACACAGGCAGCCUAAUUCUCAUCUGUUUUUUCUUCUAAGUAGUUGUUGUUUUUUUAGCCUUAUUGCAGGUCAGAUCUUUUUACGUAAUGUGCUGGAAGACAGUAUUUGAGUUGGGCAGUCUGUGUAAACUUGUGUGUAGUUUUCUUCCUAUGGUAUAUUGAGGCAUACAUCUUGACCCUCUUGGGGUGUUUGAGAUUUUGGAGGAUGUCAUAUGCCAGCUUGUUUUAAACAUCUAUAAUUAAAAGACUGAUGAGCUGUAAUCAUACUGUUACAGCCCGAAUUAGUACAGGACCAAAUCAACAUCAGCACUGCAGUUAUUAUUACUGAGUUGUCAUGAUAAUGAUUAACUUGGUGUUGACCCCAAAGUAAGACAUUUCUAAUGUUUUGGCAAAAAUGGAAAGUCUGCAUUGGGUUUUAUAAUUCACAGAUUUUUCAGAGAUUGAAAAGUUGCUUUUGAGAUUGUAAUAAUUAACUGCAAUAUACUGUUUUUUUCCAACAAUUAUUAAAAUGAGCUACUUGAUGUUACUAAA